AUGAGAACAAGAUCGCUGCCCUCCAGAAGCUCAACCAACACCGAGACGUGCAAAACAGCUCUUCCAGAACCUUCAAAACCCCUCAAAGCACUCAUUCUACCAUGCGAUGCGACCGAAGAGGCUCGGUUUAUUUUACUUGAGAACCCUCGAAGCGGUGCUCUUUGUCGAUAUUAUUUCUGUCCCAAACUAGGGCUAUAUGAGUUUACGGCUAUAUCCUCUACUUCUCCAAGGAGCACUCUAUUCACCACGACGAAGUCCGCCACGAGUCUAGUAGCUGAUAAGCAAGAGCAUGUUGUACGAAAUAAUUCUAGCAAUAUGGUGGUCGGGGACGUUAGCACAGAAAACACCGAAAUCAUUCCGCAAAUGGUUGAAAAUCGAAUACCAACGAAAGCGACGAUUGCUAAACAGUCGCAAUUGUUCGUCGCAACGCCGGUGGACAUCCUCUUUUUCCUCCUGCCCAUAUUAGCGCCAGCUCGCGGAAAUUCAACCUCCCGGAAACGCUUCCAGCCCCUGGAUGAUAUGCUCGAUUCCCAAGAUACGGCCUCAAAACGCCUGAAACACAUCUUGUCAAUACAGUUCAGAGAAAAGGUGGAAGCGAGAAUGACGGUUAUAUGUGACACUGUCGAAGCUGGGGAGACAAUGUACAGGCUCAAUGAGGAUAAAUUGCUUAGGGAAUUGAUUUUCAAGGCUGAGCGGAUGGCGGCGGGCGGACUUCCUCAGAGUUUGGAAGAGCGGUUUAUACAGAGGGCAUUAGAACUCCCAGUUCUCAGCGUGAAAAGAGAUGAUCUUCCAACAACUUCAACGUCACCAAACCCCUCUGACGCGACCGAUGAUACAAAUAAUCCCGUUGAAACUUCUCAACAGAAGUCCGAGUUACAGUCAUCGAGUUCCACUACACCAACUGCAAACCCGUCGGCUUCUUUUACUGCGUCUGAUGUUUCUACACCAAACACUGCAACCACACCCCCUACAAAAGACUCACCGCCUAAUUGCGACGUGCGCCACUUACUCCGAGUCCGCACGGCGAUAUCCUUUUUAGCAUCGUCAUACCUACCUAAACACCUCUCGUCCCGAGUGGAAACUCUUCUCAACAAUCCCGAAACGAGCCCCAAAGAUUUUUCUCCCCUUACCCAACAUUUAAAACUCGUCGCGGAAAUGCGCGCCAAAGCAGUAGCGUCUCGUUCAAUGGGUGAUUUUUCCCACAAACGGAGGGUUGAGGAUGAUGAAGAAGUGGAAAGAAAAGCGGAGAAAAAGCGAAAGAAGGAAGAAGAAGAGAGGAAGAAGAAGAUGGGGGAAUCGAGGGCGGUGAGAGAUUUGAAAAAGGUGAAUGUCUCCGGGAUGAAGAAGCUGAGCGCCUUUUUCCAGAAGAAAACUUAG